AUGCCGCCAUUCACGCUUCAGGGCGCCAUCACAGUGUUGAUGGUGCUCGUAGCACUCAUAUCACCGCUUGCGUCAGCACUUCCAAGUCUUCGCAUAUUGCCUCUCGGAGACUCAAUCACCAAAGGCAACGGCUCAAAAGACCAAAAGGGCUACAGAAACCGCCUCCGUGAGAAACUCAUAGGUCGCGGUACUUCAGUAGACAUGGUCGGUAGCUUAAAGCACCCUCCCACUGGCAUGGCAGACAAUGACCACGAAGGCCACAGUGGAAAGGUCCUUGCGCAGAUCAAUACCUACUGGAAGCUGUCCAUCGCAGCACGCCCCAACCUUGUUCUUGUACAUGCCGGUACAAACAACAUGGACCUAGAGGUCGACCUUGAGGGCUCUCCGGACAUGCUGGCGUCCAUUAUUGAUGGGCUGUUUCAGAAUGCUCCAGAUACCACAGUUCUUGUUGCUCCUGUCAUAUGGGCAAACAACCCCAGAAUGCAAAAGAACACUGAUCGUUUCAACCCCCAAGUCAUUUCCAUCAUUGAGGAGAGACAAAAGGUUGGAAAGCAUAUCCUCGAAGUCCCAAUAGACAUCAAUGCAGGUGAUCUCUCAGACGAGAAGCACCCAAACGAUAGUGGCUAUGAGAAGAUGGCCGACGCUUGGUUGAAGGCAAUCCUCGAGGCUGACAAACGAGGAUGGUUGAAAACACCCACCAAGAUAGACGCUGUUGGUCUUCCUGGCGUUGGUCUUGGUGUCGGUGGGGGAACAGGAGGCGCUCAAGAAGAAAUCGUGGGUAAGAUCUGGAAGAAACAUGGAACUGUCUUCGAAGGCUUCCGGACAUGGGAGUCAGUCGGAACCAUCAGAGGUUCUGCUGAGAAUUCCUCACGCGAAAAGGUCAUUUUGGCUGAUCUGAACGGCGAUGGUAUCGCUGAUUACGUCCUUGCUGACAAGGAUGGUAAGAUGCGAGCCUGGAUCAAUGGAGGCAAGCCCAAUGACUGGAAGAGCAUCGGUUAUAUCAACCCAGACUGGAAGUCCAUCACGGGCGACACGAUCCGUCUCGCCGAUGUGGAUAACGAUGGAAAGGCAGAUCUCAUUGCUCUAUAUGAAGAUGGCGCUGCCAAGGUCUGGAAGAAUGUGGACAACGGAAAGAAGUUUGAGUCCCUCGAUUCCAGAUGGGCAACCGGUCUUGCGUCUCGAGACAAAGUUCGGUUUGAGGACAUUGAUGGUGACGGAUAUGCCGACUAUGUUGUCGUGUACGAGGGCGGCGCUGUCAAGUGGGCGCGCAACACGCACAACAAUGGCAAGGACAGCAGCAAGAAGAACUGGGAGACUGAAACCACUAUCGCCCCGGGACCAGCUGGUAUACCUCAAGGCUCUACCAGCAUCCGAGACAUUGAUGGCGAUGGAAAGGCUGAUUAUCUUGUCAUAUAUCAAGGCGGCGCUGUCAAAGCGUUCCGCAACACUCUGAAAGAAGGCGGCCGUAACUGGGAUGACUUGGGCACAAUUGCCCCUGGCAUAGAGGGUGUGACAGGCGAAAUGAUCCGUUUUGCAGACAUGGACGGUGACGGCUUGACUGACUUCCUUGCUAUUGCCGACGAUGGAAGCAUCCGUAUGUGGAAGAACCUUGGUAUCACCGGAACCAAAGGCCAGAGCAUCCGCUUCGCCGACUUGACAGGCGAAGGAAGGGAUGACCUAAUCUCUGUCGACUCUAGAGGACGAGCUCGGGCUUGGAUUAACAAGGGCGACAACAAGUGGGAGGCAAUCGGCGAGAUCGCGCCGGGUUUUGAUGAGGAUCUCUCCGACUCACGCAUCGAGUUCAUCGAUGUCAACGGCGAUAAGCGCGCUGACUACUUGAUCAUAUACGGCGGAGGAGCUGUCAAAGCGUAUCUCAAUAACGGAAACCUGCCUGAUCCUGGGGAUAGACGCAUCUGGCAAGAUGGUAUUACUAUUUCUCCAGGCGUCGGUGAACCAGGGAGCAAGGUCCGGUUUGCAGACCUUGAUGGCGACGGGUACGCAGACUUCCUCAUCCUCUACGAAGGCGGAGCAGUCAAGUACUGGCAGAACAACAAGAACAUACCACCCAGGAACGGCGGCCGCAUCUGGAAAGAGGGGAUCGUUGUAGCCACUGGCGUUGGCGAGCCCGGCAGCAAGGUCCGGUUUGCGGAUCUCACAGGAGAUGGCAAGGCAGACUACAUCGUUCAGUAUGAUGGCGGCGCUGCUCGAGGGUAUCGCAACAAUGGCAAGAUUCCGAUUGGUGAAGGGCGCAAGUGGAAUGACAUGGGGACUAUUGCAGCAGGCGUCAGUCCCCAGGGUCCCGUCCAUUACGCGGACAUCAAUGGGGAUAGGAAGUCUGACUAUCUUGUUGUCUUUGAUGGGGGCGCGGUUAAUGCGUAUCUCAAUGAUCACGACUGGGCGCCGAAGCUGCCGGAUAAUCCUGGUCAACCUAUUCCUGUCGAGCCUGGUACUGGUGGAGGUGGUGGAGGAGGAGGUGAUGGCGAUGGCAGCGGUGACGGAGGUAAUGAUGAGGGCGACGACGAUGGAGGCAACGGCGGAGGUGGUAGCGGCGACGGUGACGGUGAUGGAGGCAGUGACGGAGGCAACGGUGGUGACAAAGACAUUGUCUACAUUGAUCCCAAGAUCUGGGACUCCAAGAACCCUACAGCAGGUUGUCAACCACCUUGUACCCUCAUCCUCCCGCCAUGGCCACUCUCAUCCAAGACGACGAUCAGUUUCCCUGUCAUCACUGAGACCUUCAAAGAGACCUGGCCGGAGACUACCAGCGGCGUUACCAAGUACGGCACGACAACCAUCACUGUCAAGAUCACACUGCCGCCUCUUGUAACUUCCGAGAUUGGUGUUUCCAACGUGAUACUGACAGACUCAACGUCCAAAUCUGUGCCUGUACGCGGCAGUGUUAUUCCAUCCCCAGUCACAUUGACCGAACCAACCCACGGCAUUACCUACACCUACAAGCCCGGACCCCUUCCGACUGAUGAUGUGAACAUUGGGCCUCCACCAGGCAUCGCUCCGGGUGUCAUCAUCACCGCUGGACCACCUGGACCCAUCUGCAAGUCUGGCUGCGGUAAGCCAUGUUUGUUCGGUUGUGCCCCAGGUGGAGGUGGAGGAGGAAGUGGUGGUGGCUCGAUCGGGUGCAUUGGUGGAGGAUGUCCCGGGCCAGGGGGAAACUGUGUUGGACCUGGAUGUGAGAAGAACAAUGACGAUGAUAAUGAUGAUGACGACGACGACGACGACGACGAUGAUGAUGACGAUGAUGAGGACUGCGCUACAGAGACGAACACCGAGUGUCAUCAAGUCUGCACGACAAAACCAUGCGCCACUGUCUGCAACACAUAUCUCGGCUGCGACUGCACAACCUCUCAAGUAACCGACUACUGGGUAUCCUGCGAAUCUUCCUCAUGCACAACAACUUCUACUGAAAUCAUUACCGGUUGUUUCCUCACAGCGACAGCAACAACUACCGCUGCCUCUUGUCCCCUCACCACUCUCGACUAUAGUGAUGACCUUGGUGAUGAUUACAACGGCGUCGGAAACUGGGGCUCGACUUACAAAACAACCUUUUCAGCAAGCGUGGUCGUCAGUUCAACGCCGUAUCCUGUUAACGAUGGAUAUGCCACCGUUGAUAGAACUGCAUACCCGAUUCCUGAUGUCAAGUCAGCCACCAAGACCAAGAUGCUGGGGACUUCAGCUAUUAUUGUGCCAUCUCAUGUCGGCAAUACUAUUUCCGUCACUAUAAAAGGCGUUUCCUUUGUCACCACGUGGUAUCCGAAAGCUACGACAACAGUCGGGGAGUCAAUGUCAACAUCCACCGAGCCAUCGGAGACGACAUCAUUCCCAACCAACACGGCCAUCACCGAAGCAGAAGCCUACUGCUUCGAAGGUAAUUCAGACUAUGUGGAGUUUACCCUCAACGAAGCGCGGCAGGUUAUAGGAUCAUUCUGCGACUCCAGCUACACUCUCGACCCUGACAACACAUUCGGCCAGAACAUGGCCCUAGAAGAAGAUGGCUAUACGGUUAUUGUGUCAGCCAAGUGGGCGCCUGAUCAGAGCGGCUGCGGAGACAAGGAGGCUUUCUCCUUCGCCGAAGAUGACUGGAACCAUGGUCUGUGUUUGGAUGGCUGGACUGCUGCUUUUUCGUGCCCAAACGACGAGGAGGAUCGGCAAAGCAGCUAUGGAGGGGCGUAUGUUCUUGAUCCUCCCGAGAAUGGUGGCUGUCUUCUCUUGAGCCUGUAUGCAUACGAUACGUCGACUAUGCGGCUCAAAGCUCUACCAAAGGGGUCUGAGUCACUGAUACCGCCGGUGGUGAAUGUGACGCAUAUGGGAGAGAAGAAGGAGUGGAUUGCGAAUGACAAGUUUGAUGGUCGCAGAAUGUGGCCAGUAGCUGAGGGUACGACACAAGUGGGCAAGCCCUCGACUACCGGUGAGGUCAAAACUAAGAAUCUUCCAUGA